AUGAGGAGGACGUUGUCUUCAAACAUGCGGGUUAAACUGUAUUUAUUUUUAUAAUGUGGCCCGUCACACCGGCAGGAUCGUCCGCGGUGGAGCUGGAUACGCCUCACUUCCGUUUCCCGAAGAGAAACUGUGCUCGGCCGAGAGUCAUUUCUACACAAGUUUAUAUGAAUGCGAGCUAAGUGUCUUUUCCGCACACGCUUCUUGAAAUAAAUUCUGAUCCCGCUUCACCUUGUGAGUACAGAUCACCUGUGCAGGCCCUCUUGACUUGCUCCCCAUGUCGGAAGACCUGAGUAGUGAUGACGACUGGCGCGAGUCCACCGCAAAUCUGAACUACGACGUGCGCAGUCAAAACGUCGACCCACAGUCCCACUUAAAAUGCUGGGAAUGUGGGAAGCUAAUGAAGGACUUGACGAACUUGCUGGAGCACUACAAAAGCCACAACAUCGACGCCACCUGCAACAUCUGCAAAAUAACUUUCUGUCGCCUGAUUUCUCUUUCCACUCACCUGGAAAAUGUACACUCGCCCCCCCGCUGCAACGAUUGCAGCAAAGUGUUCUGCACUGUGUGGGAGCUGAACAAACACGCUGAGACGCCCUGCGUGGCGCCGAAGCCAGGUAAAAAACCCUCGGGCACGAAAGCUGUUGCCAAACAUGAGAACAAAAGCCAUAAUUUUACCAACAAGAUGACUGUGGAGAAAAGUACAAACACCACAGUGAGUGCCCAGAAAGUGACGAUGAAGCAAGAAGAGGGACAUGAGAGCUCGAACCACAGUGCGGAGUACACGAUGGGUGAAGACGACGACAAAGAUGAGAAAUCAACGAGCUCCACAUCCAAUGCCGGAGCAGCGGCGCAUUCUCUACGUGAAAACUCGCAUGCAGACGAGCCGGACGGCGACUCGGACUCCAGUUCAACUGAUUGUUCCAGCGGCCCCCCUAGUCCCCAGCCCCCCAGAGCCGUUCCCACGCCACCCCACAAGAACUUGAUGUGUGCCGCGUGCGGCCGAGGGCCGUUCAGGUCGAUUAAGCUCCACCAGCUGCACUGCAGCGGCUUGAAUGUGAAAUAUCAGUGCUUCCAGUGCAAGCUGGUAUUUCUGUCUGAGGAGUCUCUGAAAGAACACCACAUGCCUUUGUACUCCUGCCACGUCUGCGGGCAGGUUUUCUCACACCAGACCAUGUUGGACGUCCACCCGUGUCGCAAGGACAACCGGUCACCGCUGGUCCUCUUCUGUCCCGAAGCAAUGCCGAAAGUUUGUAACAUAUGCAAAUGCUUUUUUACUUCUGAAAAGACUCUGCUCGCUCACGUCACCAGAGUUCACGUGUCGGUGGUCAGCACCAAGGUGUGCAUCAUCACCAAUCCGUCCCUGUUGAACGAUAAAAAUGUUCCGGCGGGUGUCCACAGCGCGGACGGUCAGACGGCUCUCCCCGGUUCGAACCAGGCUUUUAACGGGAAGCUCCCGGCCGAUCGAAUCUAUGUCGACCCCGUGACGGCUCUGGUGAAAUCCAGACCUUCCUCCUCUCGCCCGGACGCGCCUGCCGCCCCGACGUGUCUGGUACCAGAUGAAGAGGGCGAUCGUCCCGGUACGCCAGCAGACCGGCACCCGAAAUCGCCUUCCCCACAUUCCGGUGACACAGAGACCACAUCGGCCGCCGAGCCCCCGCCCUCGCCCACCAUUCUGGCCCUGUUCGAGAAUGACAGCCUGGCUUUGACCAAGCGCUCCAAGAGCGGCUGGCGCUUGAAGGCCACCUACCCGUGCAGGCAGUGCGGCGCCGUCCUGCGUCACGCCUCCCUCAUCAUCAGCCACCGCUACCUCCACCGGGGCCGGCGCUCGCACCGCUGCCAGUGCGGCCGCUCGUUCCGGCACCGGCUGCACCUGCUGCGACACUGCGUCCAGCACGCCGAGGCCGUCAGCUACAUCUGCGCCAGCUGCGGCGACACCUUCACGGGCGCGAAGCUCUUGGCCCGGCACCUGAGGGGCACGUCGCCCAAGACAUCCCGCCGCCAUCCCAAACGGAAAGGCAAAGGGAACCGGAAGUGCAAGGUGACUCUGACGUGUGACUGCGGACUGUUGUUUUUCAGGCCCUCGGCCUACAUAUGGCAUCAACUCAAAAACAAGACCAGUUAACAGCCGAAGGUGAACCAAACUCCGACCCCCCCUCUAAGAAUUUCCUCCUGGGACGAAUGACGUCAUUUUAUUCUGUUUUAGAUUUUGCAUUCACACAAAGAUCGAAAUGGUGCCCACCUAAAGGAAAAGUGCGUUCAUGCACCUCAAUAACAAACCUGUCUGUUAAAUCCCAGUAAACGGUAUGCAUGAGUCAAAGCUUGCAUAACUAAUAUGUACAUUUUAUUUGUUUUGUUCGACCUGAAUUUCUUUGUGGAAAGUGGUGUAGAGUUUUUCUUUUUCUUUUUUUUUUGUGGGUAUGCAACAUUUUGAAUGAGACCCCCGGUUGUUUAAAAAAAUAACAUUUUGUGUGCACUACAUUUCACAGACCCUAAGAAGCAAUGUUCAAAGUGCUGUUUGAUUUCUGAAUAUUUCUUCUUUCUUUUUACUGUCUUCAGAGGUGAACACAACUUGCAGGAUCAGUCAUCUAACAACCGACUCAGUUUUCAGAUUAAAAAAAAGAAAAUUAGUACAUUCAAACUAUUGUAGACAAUUAUUUGGCACAGAGUAGGAUGAACCCACACACACACACACUCACACGCGAGAUAAACCCAAGUAAAAUAUGCUGUACAUGUCAAAGGGGCCUUGAAAACAAAGCGUUAAACAUUUUAAGAGUAUAUUCUGAUCGUCACUGUUUUUAAUUGAUUCCAAGUGACAAAACCAAAGCAAAAACACGAACAGUCUUUCUCCAGGCAGCAUGUUUUCACUGUGUGCAAAUCAUACAUAGUAAGCAGCGUCAGGCGUUCCUCCUGUGGUAUCUCAACAAAUUGUACAAAUUUACCCACCUUUUUUUUUUCGUCAGAGUUGGAUAUUACUUAAAUGAAAAAAAAAAUCCAGUUUUUCUCAAUAAAAAAGAAAAAAUGUCCAGUUUUGUAUUUUUUUCUUCCCACAAAGUGCAUUCUGAUCAAUGAGGUCAACUUAGGGGUUUUUUUUUUGUUUGUUUGUUUUUUCAGGCUUUUUUCAAUCCAUCUGAUUUAAAAGCUUCACUUCUUCGACAUGUUGAACAGGUUUUGAUGUUUUAGUAGGGAGUGGAAAAGUUUUCAAUAGUUGGCCAAACUGUUUUCAACAGUACCUGGAUUAGUCGGCGUUUACUUUGUGUGUCCACUAGAUGGCGCAGUUGGAUCGAUCUUAGCAAAUUGGCCCACUUGGACAGGAGUUGCAUUGUUUUUAGGACAGGUGGAAGGGUCAGUGACAAACAGGAUUUGGUUAAAUAUACUCAUCGCAGAGGUAACUCGGUCAUGCGUGUAGUUAUUUAGACUCACUAUUGUCUAUUUUCUUCAUCCGACAUAACAUGUAAUCAUAGUGUGAAGAGAAAAGCUCAGUAGUUCUCCCAUGAUGUUGUUUUCACGAUUCUCCUUCUUCAUUCACUCUUACUUUUUUGUCAAAAAUAGUCAGAUAGCAUGAAACCUACAUAAACACGUUUCACUACACGUCUUUAAAUGACAAGUUAGUCCAACUUUUCUUCAAGAUUUUAAACUCUUUGUCACUGAGCCCCGAACUGUUAGAAAUUCUAGUAUGAACUGAUAAAAACCUUAAAUGUUGAUAAUUUCCUGUGAGAUUAGUGUAUGCCAGCCAGUGAAACCCCACGCUUGUUUGGUUUGAAAUAAAGGAAGUUUUUUUUUCAUCCACA